AAGAAGCUGUAAUCUCACCGGACCUUUUUCGCGGUUUAUCGUUUACUCCUCCCACUUGGACUUGGAUGCUUUCUCGCAAACUGCAGUUGAUUGUUCUCUCUCUGUUAUUUCCAUAAGGACCCAUCAUGCCAGCUCCUCUCUUUCCCUUCCUUUACUUUUUCUUUCUCAAUUUGUGCUUAUUCCUUCCUUCCUUCCUUCUCUUCUCAUGCUCUCGGCUUCAGCUUCCUCGCACCCGCUCACAAUUCUCGUCAAUUCAUGACGUCGCUCUCCAAUGCUUGAUCCUUCCUCUCCCACCAUGAACGACCAGCUCUCCAAACCCACCUCAAUCUUCGGUCUCCGCUUGUGGGUUGUUCUCGGGGUAUGUGUCGGGGCCGCCAUCGUGCUGCUUCUCUUCCUCAUUUCCAUCUGGCUCGCUUCCAAGCGCUCCAAGACUAACCCCGCGAGCAGACCGUCUAUCCCGCCAGUCUCCAAAGAGAUCCACGAGAUUAGAAUCGACCAUCACCAUGAUUCCAAGCCGAAAGGGACCCGUAUCCUAGCGGACCCGUCUCCCGAACUAGACCCGCUUUCCGGAAUCGAGCGCCAGGCUCUGCUCCCUCCAUCGGAAGAAGACAACCCGUCAGGGAUCAACAGAAUUCAAUUUGAGAUUGGGAAGAAUCACAGAAUUUCGUACCCUGAACGUGCUAUGGCGCGGUCGUCUUCGGACGGAAGUGGGGAGGCGCGACUUGUCGAUCAGGUGCCCACGGUGAUUCCUGAAGUCUCGCAUCUGGGUUGGGGUCACUGGUAUACUCUGAGGGAGCUUGAGGAUGCGACGAAUGGGUUCGCCGACGAGAACGUCAUUGGGGAAGGUGGCUACGGAAUUGUUUACCAUGGUAUUCUGAAGGACAACACUCAUGUUGCUGUUAAGAAUUUGCUCAAUAAUAGGGGACAAGCUGAGAAGGAGUUCAAGGUCGAAGUGGAAGCCAUAGGACGAGUGCGGCACAAGAAUUUAGUAAGGUUGCUGGGAUAUUGUGCUGAAGGAGCUCAUAGAAUGCUCGUAUAUGAGUACGUUGACAAUGGGAACUUAGAGCAGUGGCUGCACGGGGAUGUUGGACCUUGCAGUCCUCUGAACUGGGAAAUUCGAAUGAACGUUAUUCUGGGAACAGCAAAGGGUUUAGCUUAUCUUCAUGAGGGACUGGAACCAAAAGUUGUUCACCGUGAUAUUAAAUCAAGCAACAUUCUGAUCGACAGGCAAUGGAAUUCGAAGGUCUCAGACUUUGGGCUUGCCAAACUCCUUGGCUCUGAGAGCAGCUACAUUACAACACGUGUCAUGGGCACAUUUGGAUAUGUAGCUCCUGAAUAUGCAAGUACUGGAAUGUUAAAUGAACGAAGUGAUGUGUAUAGUUUUGGAAUUCUUAUAAUGGAAAUAAUUACAGGCAGAAAUCCAGUUGAUUAUAGUCGGCCUCCAGAAGAGGUGAAUUUGGUUGACUGGCUCAAGAAGAUGGUUAGUAACAGGAAUGCAGAGGGAGUGUUGGAUCCCAAGCUCCCUGAGAAACCAAGUUCAAGAGCACUCAAGCGAGCCCUUCUUGUGGCUUUACGUUGCACUGACCCUAAUGCACAAAAGCGGCCUAAAAUGGGGCAUGUCAUACAUAUGCUUGAAGCUGAGGAUUCUCCUCACAAAGAGGAUCGGAGGGCAAAAAGAGAUGCAGGAAAUUCAGCUAAUGAUGAGGAUAGAUUAAAAGAGGAGGCAACUGUGUCUGGUGAUGAUGGUAAAGUUUGAAACUGAGGUGCAGCAAUGCCAGUGAGACAAGACCACACGCCUUCAAGGGGGAAAAGCAACGACUUAUGCAUAGCUGUAACCAUAAUGACUGAGAAGGUUGUGUCCCCCAACGCUCAUUUCUGUACAACGUGUGAUUUACAAAUGCCAAAUGCUAUAAUAAUCCACCGGGCUCCAGCGUAAUUUGGUCUUAAUAUAUAUAUAUAUAUAUAUAUAUUUUUGGCUUCUUACCCCUAGUCCAUACAGUCUCAAUAACUUCAGAAGGAGAUCUGCUUCGUUUUCUUGUCCGUGCCUUUGCCUUUAUGGAGGGAAGCUUGUAGCUUUACGUUGGACCAGGACAUGUAAAUUUAUGUCAUAUCAUAGCUUUUAACAUCCAUUGUAAGGCGGUUGUUAUAGUC